UAAAUAUUUCGUUUAAUAGUCUUAAUUGACUGGAAAGUACAAAUAAUAAAAUUUCUGUUUUAAUUUUUGCAUUGUUUUAGUAAUAUUAUAACUAUCCGGAAACUGUAUAUAUGUGACUAUGUAACCAGGAAAGGGUUAGUCAUGCCAGAACGACUUGGGACGUAAAUACACAAUGGAUGGAUUUAAUAAUGUGUGUAAGAUAUUUUUCAUAAUCUACAUUGGUCAGGUAAUAAACAUUUCAAACGAAAUAUUACUCGAAAACAGUGUGGUGUUAUCAUCGGUAUGUCAAAAAUACACCAGCUUAAGAAAUUAUGAUCAAAACGGAGAACAUGUAACUUGGAAUGCUGUAUCUGAUGUUUUAAUGUGGAUAAAGACUAAAAAUCGAUCUCUGCAAGGGAUUCAAUAUCAUGGUUGUCAUGCGUUUAAUAAAACAGCAGAACGAGAAGUAAAUAACACAUUCUUUGAUGUUGAAAUCGGAACUACAUCAUUUAGAAUACAAAUAUGUGUUAACAAUUGUAAUAAGGUUGACCAAACAGUCGGUUAUUUCGGACUAAAGGAUAGUACCUGUCAUUGUUUUCGAAAGAAGUUAAGAAUAUCAAAUGCCUUAAAUCAUUCUGGUAGGAGAAUCAAUGAAAACUGUUGUUAUGGUAGCAACACUUUAAUGCUUUACAGCAGAGCAAAUACUGAAGCUGUUAACACAACUUAUCGGAUGAAACAAUGUGCAGCAAUACAAUUGACAACAGAUGGCAAUCUUACUUUCUUGAACAUUAAUUGUAGUACAGAACUGCCAUAUGUGUGUAUCAGAUGUGACGAAAAUAGAAGUAUACACGUUAUGGACACACACGAUAAAUGGGUUGAAUCUUCAACGGAUUGCAUAAAAGGCAUAGAAAAUACAACAAACCAACUAAGUAAUAAAACGUACUGGGUGGUGAUUCCAAGAAAAGAACAGGAUUUGAAGAAAAACGGAGAUGCAGAAUCCACAUGCAUAGUGACCACGUUUUCUAAAAAUAUAACCAGUCCUCUGAUAAAAGACUGUCGAAACAUGAUGUGUAAUAAUACAGAAUGGAAGAACAAGUCACCAUCAUUGAGGAGCAAUUAUUUUUGUUCAACAAGAGAAUGUAUAAUGUAUUCAAGCAUUAGUGUAGCUGGAGUCAUCGGCAUAACUGUUUUAGUAGUGCUAGUGUGUAAUACAUAUAGAAAUAGAAAGAAAGUUCGAAUAAAAGAGCCAGCAAAUAGAACAGUAGAGGAAAUCCAACUGGAUGAUAUGCCCACGGCUUCAAGCUAUUUAUAUGAAGAACAUUUUGAUGUUGAUAUCAACCAAAUAAACCAAACGGAAUCAAACGAAGUCAAUAAUGCGGAAAAUGAAAUUAGUGGCAGCAAAUCUAGAUUAAAAGAAGAUGCCAUAAGACAAAAUAAAAAAUCAGAAGAACAAGCUGUAGCCGAAAAUGAAUACAACAGCUUAAACCAUACUUUAAGGAAGCCAGAUAAUGCGGCUUCAAAUGCUGUGUACGACAAAGUAAAGCCAGCAAUAAUAACACUCAUUAGGGGUGAACAAUUUGUUGGAACAGAAUAUGAUUCUGUUGAUGUACUAAAGAGAAACACUAGUACACACCUGGCAAAGCUUUAGACAUCACAAAGUAUUUGUUAUUGGUUUAAUUGGCAUACAUUUUUAAUGCCAGGUGUAAAGAAAUAGAAACUGUGAUGAAAAAAUGAUUUGACACGUUUGUUUUACUAUAUUAAAAAUGCUAUUUUAGUUUUACAUUUAACAUCAUUAUUUGUUUUUCAUGAUAUAUUUUUUUAGUAAAAUUACAAAACUAUCAAUAAAAACGUUUAUUAUUUUGUAUUUGAAGUAAAUGGUAAAUUUUUGGGUCAUAUGGAGAGCUGUCUUAUUUGAAAUCAUUUCACAUCUUUUUUUCUUCAUAAACUUCUAAAAUUAACAAAAUUA